CUGUCAAAGUAGUGGCCAUUCCCAUUUUCCUCACGGGAAAAUGUGUUUUCCUUCUGCUGGUGAAAAUUCAUUAAAAUUGUAAUAAUACAGUCCAAGUAAAUAGCAGAAACUUAGUGAUUGAUGUCCAAGUUUGUAUCUGGAACGUGAACGUUAAAACUAGAACGUGAUUUUCCCGAAUUUAUUCGACGAACACAUAAACAAUGGUAGGCAAAUCGAUUUUCCUUCUGAUAGCAAUAUCAAUUCUCCAAGCAACAGCCGGAACCUAUCUCACCGACGAUGUUUACGUCUCGGAACUGUUCUCGCUUCGUGUCGAGCCGCGAAUGUUCAACUGGACCUUCCAAGGAUUAACGGAACAGUUCCAGUACCGCCCAUCUCUCGAGGGCUAUCCGGAUCUGCCAUCCUGGGUGCGGUAUAUGUACAGUAGUGAGUACCAUUCGGGUUUCCUGUAUGGAACACCACCGGAACGAACGGCAGAGAGUAAGGUACCCAUCGAAAUCAUUGCCCUGAACAAGCAAACCUAUGAAACGAAGCGGAUUGUGCUGAUUCUGACCGUCCAUCGGAAGCUUCCACCGCGGAAUGUGAUUCAGAUGAAAAUCGAUAAUCUAAAUUGGGUUCACAUGAUGGAUCCGGGUAGGAUUGAGAAUUUGAAAAAUAUUUUUCGCAAUGACCUGUGGCAGGAAAGUCGGUCGGAUUUGCAUAUCAUUUUCAUGGAUUCGGCAAUAAAGCUAGGCGCGCGAGUACCGCUGAAACCCCAGCAACGGGAAGGCGUUGUAGUACAUCUGGGUAGUAGAGCCGAUUUCUCGUCCCGCUUGCUCGACUUGCAGGAGGAAGUUAAACCGUUGUACAAGAUCGCCUCAUGCAACUAUAAGCGAACAUCGGUGCAGACUACUUUCGAGAAUUCCGGAUUCAAGCUGGACUGGUGCGCAUUCAAGCUGCACGCUGCCCAUGAUGAUAUAACAGCAAUGCCACAUCAUCCCCACGAGAGUCUCAAUCCGGGCAAGGGAUCCGAGCUGACUACGUUGCACCGUUCAGAUAAAUGGGAGGCACCAAUGAAAUCCGAAGUCCCAGAGCGGAACUAUAGUGACGAGUUUGCGGUUUCGUUCGCGAUCCCGGGAAUGAUCUUCGCUCUUCUGUUGUCCAUUCUGACGGUGAUCCUUUGCUUCCAGCACGAGAAACUGCGGGAUGACGAUUCUGAAUAUUAUUUCGAUUUUCUGUUUAACAUUUGUACAGAUUUCUUCAGGUUGAAACAUUCUUACAGACAAGAGUACCGGCCGGUUCAGGCAGUUCAAAUGGUCCAGUACUCGCAACAGCAUCAACCGCCGAUGGUUUCGCAAACAGGGACGCUUAGAAGCCUGAAGGAUGCUCCUUAUGAGGAUAGUUUUAGUCUUCGCUCUGCCAGCCCAACGGAUAGUUACUACCCGGAUGGGAGCCCAAGAGUUGGAAACUCGUACCUUCGACCGAAACCACCACCGUAUAAGCCCUCUUCGGGAUCGACCAACUCGACCAUGCAGCGCAAGAUUGGCACCGGCGUAGACAUAUGACAUGCUGAACCACGUGUUUUGUUCUGCUAAGGGGCGCAUAUUCCGGGAUAAUCAACCACAAUCGGUGUAGUCAGAAUAGAGAACCAAGUGUUGUAGAGUAAAAUUUGGAAACAAUAGUAUAUUCAAAGUAGCACCAAAUGAAACUAGUGUUUGUGUAGUUUAGACUGUCCAACAAAUGGCAUUUAUUUCUGACUUUAUUAUGAAGGUCAAGUCCAACAGUUGCCCUUUUGAACUUUUGUUCUUCAAUUCACAAAUAAAUCUUCUAGCUGUAGCGAUUCUCAUCUUAUCUCUAGCAUUUUUGCAGCCAUUGUUAGCGAAAAAAGCUCAUACUAGAUCAUUGUGAACCCUAAAUAAACAGUUUUCAAAACAAA